AUGUCCUUCAAAGAAACACUCGACUCAGCAUUCGCCGCUCCGGCCACGAACGAAAAGCUCAAACUCUUGAAAUGUCUCAAGGAUGUCUUUCCCAACUCACAGCAUGUCGCUCACGUGGGCCGUGGUGACUUGCUUCUGGCAGCUUAUUUGAAAUCUGUUGCCAUACAUGUUGAGGUUGCUCACGACGAACCUACCCACAGCUUCUUUGAAUGGGAUGUCUUGGGCCAAGGACUAAACUCCCAGAUCUAUUGUGGCGCCAUCAAAUUCACGUACAAUGGAACGGACUUCACUGUGUAUAAGGUUACCUUUACUAAAGAUCGCACAAUAUGGCAGUUCUUCGAUUUUGUGUUUAACGCUGCAGACGACGGAGCUGGAAGGGCUCUUUUACGCGCAGUUUAUAUGUGGGCUGGUAGUCUCAAGGAUGAAAUAUGGGUGUUUCAAAACGGGGGCUGGGAGAAGAAUGCGCCACUGUACCAGUCGAUACAAUUGUCGAACUGGGAAAACAUUGUGCUGGAAAACUCGUUCAGGGAGGGUCUCAGAAGGGAUACAAAGACAUUCUUCGCUAACAAGGAAAUUUACGACUCCUUGGACAUCGCGUGGAAGCGCGGGAUUUUGCUUUUGGGACCUCCUGGUAAUGGGAAGACAGAAACCAUCAAGGCGCUCCUCAGCGAGUCUCAGCAAACUACGCUUUACGUGAAGUCAUUCACAGCUGGCUUCGUAAGACCCGAAAAUAGCAUCCGUGCUAUAUUUGGACACGCCAGACGUCACUCACCUUGCAUUCUUGUACUUGAGGAUCUGGACACUAUGAUCACGCCACAAGUCCGAUCAUACUUCCUGAACGAAAUGGAUGGAUUGGCACUCAACAAUGGUAUCCUCACCAUCGCCACUACUAACCAUCCAGAAGACAUAGAUGACGCUAUCAUCAACCGCCCUUCUCGCUUCGACGUAAAAUACACGUUUGAUCUCCCAAACGCAACCUUGCGCAGAGACUUUGCACUUAAAUGGCUCUCGAAAAUCCGAGCACGCCAAGAGAGUGGUGUUGCCAAGGAUAGUAUACUUACAAAUGACGAAGAGGUGGCGCGGAAAGUGUCGGAAAAGACAGAGGGAUGGUCUUUUGCGUUUCUGAAAGAGCUUUUUGUUUCCUAUCUCCUCCGCCUUGCGCAUGACGAAUCACUCAAUAAUGGCGAAACAAAAAUGCCUGCAGAGGAUAUCUUCUUCCAGCAGGUGGAUGCACUUUCAACCCAGGUACUGAAGCAGAACAGCGAAGAAGGUAAGAAGGCGGGUGUAGACGGGGCUGGAGGGCCAAGGAUGAGACGCGCUAUCACACCCGCAUUGUCACCCUUGGGUUAUACUAUUCCGCCCCAAUUCGUCGAUUCUGCUGGGGUGAAUUUCUAG